ACAGUUGAACUUUCGAGUUUGAAAAUUUGUAAACAAAACUUAUUCCCUAACUACCUCACAAAAAGUAAAAUAAUGUAAAACAUUUACGUAAUUUAAGUAAUAAACGUGCUUUUGUAUUUACGUUAAAUAGAGUAAGUAAAACAAUUUGGUAUAUAUUACUGUUUAAUAAAGAUUACAGAUGCAUUUGUCAGCAAUUUGCACAAAAAUAAUCGUUGAACUGCAUGUCCGAAGGCAAUAAAAUUGAGGAAGUGGUCUAAACGUAAUAUAAUUACUCGUCCGACCUCAUACUGGCCAAUUCAGUGUCGUUAUAACCCACGCUUCGUUAUUGUGACCAAUAUAUGAGCAAGCGUGUAACGCGCGGAAGUGAGUGUUUACUCCAGAAUUGGUAAAGACCUUACCGUGUGCAGUCAACCGAGGUUAGUGAUCGAUUUUACAAAAUUAGUCAUAUUAGAUUAAGCUCGUCGCGGUUCAGUGUGCGAUAAGGAUUCCAUGUGAAUUGGGCUGAUAUUUUCUUUCUGUGUUCAAUAUCUUUAAGAACAUGUCACACAUCAGACCGCAAUGGCAACUUCAAGCUAUAGCAGCUCAAAAGCGAGACAAUGUGCUUCGCCGUGCUGAAGAACUCAAGAAAGUGGCCAGCUACUUUGAGCUCAACACCAACAAGUCCAGACACCAUGAGCAGUGGACGACUGAAGGCUACUAUGAACGAGCCAACAAAGAAGCUGAGUUGUUGAGUGAAAAGAAAAUUAGGGUUGCGCAACUGGAAGAGAGACGCAAGAAAUUGGAGCUGAUGUUAUUCCAAGAAAACAUGCAAUACCAACAAGAGCUGAAAGCUCUAGCCGCACAGCCAAAGUUCUACAAAAAUGGAUCUUAUCUCAACAAAGUCCCCACAUCCACCCUGCAAGAGAUCAACCAGGGCAUCAUGGAGAAAGAGGCACAGAUGAGGAAACAAGAGGCCGAGCUGAAGCUGUACCAUGCGUGGAGGUUGCGCCAGCCGGAGUUGCGUGCAGCUAGCUCCUACAUAGCGAAUGGAAAACUUAAGUCAGCCUGGAUGGAACAAAUAGUAGAGAAAGAGAUGCAGAAGAAGAAAGAUGAGGAAGAUACAAGGAAGGUUCUUCAAGAGAGAGACGAAGCGCUGCGACGUCAAAUACAAAUUGAAGAAGAAAGACUUAGAGAAAAGGAAGCUCAAAUGAAGGAACUUCGGAGCAGCUUAGAAGGCCAAAUAGCAGAGUUGAGCGAGAAAGAGACAAUCGUAAAAACACUUCGAAAAAAAGAAGAGAAAGAAAGACUGAUACUUCAAGAGCUCGAGCUUCUAUCAAGUGAAAGGGAGAGGGAACAUCAGAAGCUUGUAUCAGAAAGAGACACACAUAUAAUCAACAUGGGCCUGCAUAAGUACAAAUUGAAAAGAAAAGUGAUUUCAGUUAUAAAUGAAAUAGAAAUUGAAUUGAAAAUGCUGGAUAAGUUAACGAAAAGUGUACUGAAGGAAUACGAAGUCGAUCGCGAGAAAUGCGCCCACCACAAGCGAGUGCUAGACGAAGCGCUGCGCGAGCUGGAGGAGCACAGGGAGAGGGAGCGGCAGAGGCAGAAGAACAUCGAGGCCAUGUACGACGGAGAGGCGAGGCAGAUCAAUGACAAACAAGACAAGCUGUGGGCCAAAGAACGCGAAGCUCGCAACAUCCUGAUGAAGGAGGUCUUAGAUGCUCUCAAAAGGCAGGUGGAGGAUAAGAUUGAAGCCAACAUCCAGCAGCAGAAGGCGAAUGUUCUGGAGAGAGAGGAGAUCCUCCAACAAAUGGACACUUACCAUCAGGAAGUACGCGCUAGGGAGAGAGAAACACAGUUGAAGAACAGCCAAUACUCGACAAUAACGUCGCUGCAGUCGCAACUGAACGGGCUGCGUGUACAGAAGCAGCAACUGGAGGACGUCGCCCAGCGCGAGGACGAGCUGCGCGCGGCGGCCGCGCACGAGCGCCUGCUGCGGGCGGAGAUCGCGCGCGCGCAGCGGGAGGGGAACACGCAGGCCUGGGCCUAGACACUGACCUAAUGUGGUCUAGCCCACAUUCGCACGAGAGCUUUUUUAAAAGCGUGCAAAUACAACAAAUGCAUUCCCAAGUAUUACCCAUACCCAACGACGCUUUUUUUCGAUCAGUGUUGCAUUUUCAAUUUUGGGUGUUUGAAAUAGACACAUUUUUAACGUCCGCUAAAAAAACUCUUGCGAAUGAGGGACAACAUCCCCAAUGCACUAUUUGCGAAGUUAAUCGAAUACGAUAGUGUAGGCACAAGUUGUUGUCGGUUUACCCGAGUCAAGGGACUCGAAGCGAAAACGCCUCGCUAAACUACUCGGCUAACUUUGGGAUUUCUUCGAAGCGUCCAAGCGUGUAAUUUAUUUGAGGCUCGAAAGCUGUAGGCCUUUUGCCGGUUCCACAUUAGUGCUGUGAAUUCACGCGCAAAUUAUCGCCAUGAAUUCACGCCACGAGUCCAUGCCACUAAUCACGCCACUAAUGUGCCAGCAUAGGAUGCGCGCCACGACAUAUUUUGUAAAGACAAAAAUUACAUAUUCAAUUAUAAGUCUUAAUUACACAUCUCGAAAAAGACCAUUCGUCUACCAGUAUAAGCGGAGUUGAAUAAAAUUAUAGCUCUUUCGUCCCAUCGCAGCAAUUAAGUUGUCAAUGUUAACAGUAUUAUUGCGUAUGUGCUGCCUCCUUUUAUUUUAUGUGUGUGAACUGUGAGUGGAUUUUUUAGAUUUGUACGAUAACUCUUAAAUGCUUUACAAUGCAAAUAUGAAUGAUAUUAGCUUUAAAAUAUUAAUAAGUUAUAAAUCGGUGAAUGUAUGAACUUUAAGUGAUGCAUUAAAAAAAAUCAGUAUUCAAAAUUAAAAAUAUUACAUAGUUUACGCAUGUUUUAGAUUCGUAAACUCAAAAAAAGACUGCUAGUAAUUUGACAGAUGUUUUAAGUAUAGCUAUGUCAGUGUGUUCUAUACAUACUUACAAACAUAUAUUUAAGAUAAAAGCUUUAAACUGAUAUUUAUUAGUUAAGUAAAAUUGAAUUAAAUUGACACACAUAUCAGAAAAAUAUCUUGAAAAUUAGAGAAAAAAAUGUUUUUUUUUGUGUGUGGUGUUCCUAUUCUAUUGUGAUGAAAUAAAGAUAUAUUUUG